CUUGUCAGAGUAAAUACGUUUGCCGGUGAGUGCGGUCGUGUUCUAAACGUUGUGAUAUGAAGUGAUUUUUUAAUAAAACAAAAUAAAAUGUCUCCGUUGUUGUUUACGACAAUCGCAGCGGCUUAUUUGUGCAUCGCAAACGGACGUACCGCAGCACACAUAGAUAACGAUUCAAUUUAUUUUCCGGAUGACUUAAGAAAAAACGAAAUAAACGGUGAAGAGUCAGCGUGCACGGCCUCCAGUGGCGGUCAGGGAACGUGUGUGGAUAUCUACAAAUGCGAGCCAUUGCUGGCCCUCGUUAGAAAGCCUGAUCGUACUCAACAGGAUCUGGAAGCUCUCAAGAAAUCUCAAUGCGGGUUUCAGGGAGGGAAGCCAUUGGUAUGCUGUCCAAGCGAAUGUCACACACCGGAUGGUAAACCAGGAAAAUGUAUAAACAUAUACUCUUGCGAACACCUCACUCAAAUGUUGAGGCCUCCGACCUCGAAGGAAAACAUGUUAUACGUACAAAACUCCAGGUGUAAAAGUGCAGAUCAAUACAGUGUAUGCUGUGGCCCAGCGCCUUUAGCCACACCCCCUCCUCCAGCGGGCAGCUGCAGGGCGACUGUUUCGGCAUUACUACCCAACCCAGCGGACUCUUGCUGUGGUCUAGACGCCAACGUUGGAAACAAAAUCGUUGGUGGAACAGCGACUGCUAUCGACCAAUACCCGUGGCUGAUAGUCAUCGAGUAUGUCAGUGAUAACAGGAUCAAAUUAUUGUGUGGUGGCUCGCUGAUAAGCGGUAGAUAUGUUCUUACAGCUGGCCACUGCAUAGCCGGAGCGGUCCUUCAAAUCGGAAAACCUACCAACAUUAGACUCGGCGAAUACGACACUGCUAACAGCGGACCGGAUUGUGUGGUUGUCGAAGCCGGAGGCACGGACUGCACGGAAGAUAUAGUAGUCAUACCCAUUGAACAGAUCAUACCCCAUCCGGAAUAUAAUCCUGUCAGCCCUCAGAGGAAGAACGAUAUUGCUUUGAUUAGAAUGAGUCAAAUGGCUCCUUAUACUGAUUUCAUCAGACCGAUCUGCCUUCCAUCGGCGGACAUUACAGUGAACACACCGAAUAAAACAGUAUUCUACGCCGCCGGUUGGGGUGCAGUGAGCACGAACCAGAUCAGCAGCGAUGUCAAAUCCCACGUAGACUUGCCUUACAUUCCCCACAGUAUUUGCCAACCAGCGUACUCGGUGCAAAACCGCAAAAUAACUUUAUGGAACAAACAGAUUUGCGCUGGCGGUGUUCCGGGCAAAGACUCUUGCAAGGGCGACUCCGGUGGGCCAUUGAUGUACGAGAACGGUAGACAAUAUGAAGUCGUCGGUGUGGUCAGCUUUGGCCCAACGCCGUGCGGCCUUCCCGACAUUCCGGGCGUUUACACCAAAGUCUACGAAUACCUCGACUGGAUCAGGAGCACGGUCAAAUCAUAGCUUUAAUUUCGAACGUGAAGUCCCUAUGAGUGAUCACGAUUGGCAACAUCUUAAGCCAUAUCAAUGUUUACUGGCAAUGUUAAUAACAUGAUGACAGUUGGGUUUAAGUCGCCCGCAUGUCUGUUAGCCUAAAUUAACAAAACUAAUAAUGUACAAAUCAAAUUGAAUUGAUGAUUAUCGUGUUAAAUUGAAUACAAAUAAGAGAAAAUGAGUAGCGUAUAAAUUAAAGCAGACAAUUAUUGGUUUUUUUUUUCUAGACUAGUUUCGAUGAAUGGCUACGGGAUUUUAUUUAUUAAAAUUUACUCCUAAAUUCGACAGUCAUAUGUUGCAACCGUUGCAUUAUUCUCUUGCACAUGAGACACCAUUGCGAAACUCAUUCCUGUGAUUUGUUCUUGAAAUCAACCGUGAUUAGAUUUUGUUUUCACAAGGUCUAACAUUUUUUUUAACGGAGAUGAAGGAUGUGGCGGUAGCCAUCACAGAACACAAGAUAGUUGACAGAUGCCUGAAUCUCGCUUUAAGCCUAU